AUGACAGCAACGAGAACCACACAUCUAUCUUUUCUUCUUCUUCUUCUUUUUCUUCUUCUGCUUCUUCUUCUUUUCCUUCUUCUUCUUUCUUCCUCUUCUUCUUUUUCAUUCUUCUUCUUCUUCUUCUUCUUUCUUCUUCUUCUUCUUUUUCCUUCUUCUUCUUCUUCUUCUUUCUUCUUCUUCUUUCUUCUUCUUUUUCCUUCUUCCUUCUUCUUCUUCUUCUUUUUCCUUCUUCUUCCUCUUUCUUCUUCUUUUUCCUUCUUCUUCUUCUUUUUCCUUCUCCUUUUUUUCCUUCUUCUUCUUCUUCUUCUUCUUCUUUUUCCUCCUUCUUCUUCUUUCUUCUUCUUUUUCCUUCUUCUUCCUUCUUCUUCUUCUUUUUCCUUCUUCUUCUUCUUUCUUCUUCUUUUUCCUUCUUCUUCUUCUUCUUUCUUCUUCUUCUUCUUCUUUCUUCUUCUUUUUCCUUCUUCUUCUUCUUCUUUCUUCUUUUUCCUUCUUCUUCUUCUUUUUCCUUCUUCUUCUUCUUUCUUCCUCUUCUUUUUCCUUCUUCUUCUUCUUCUUUCUUCUUCUUUUUCCUUCUUCUUCCUACUUCUUCUUCUUCUUUUUCCUUCUUCUUAUUCUUUCUUCUUCUUUUUCCUUCUUCUUCCUUCUUCUUCUUCUUUUUCCUUCUUCUUCUUUCUUCUUUUUCCUUCUUCUUCUUCUUCUUCAUCUUCUUUCUUCUUCUUCUUUUUCCUUCUUCUUCUUCUUUUCCUUCUUCUUCUUUCUCCUUCUUUCUUCUUAUUUUUCCUUCUUCUUCUUCUUUCUUUCUUCUUCUUCUUUUUUCUUGUUCUUGUUCUUCUUCUUUUUCCUUCUUCUUCUUCUUUCUUCUUCUUUUUCCUUCUUCUUCUUCUUCUUCUUCUUUCUUCUUUUUCCUACUUCUUCUUCUUCUUUCUUCUUCUUCUUCUUCUUUUUCCUUCUUCUUCUUUCUUCUUCUUCUUUCUUCUUCUUCUUUCUUCUUUUCCUUCUUCUUCUUCUUCUUUCUUCUUCUUCUUUUUCCUUCUUCUUUAUGCUAUCUCACUUUCCUUCUCUUUUAUUCUUUCUCUCGCUUCUUUUUUUUCCUCUCUACUCUCUUUCUCCUCCUAUCCACUUUUACUCACCUUUCUUCUCUUUCCUUCUCACUCUUUCGCUCUUCUUAUUUUCUUCUUCCUGUUCAUUCUUACUCUUUCAUCUAUUCUCCUUAUCUUUAUGACCCCCCCUCUCUCUCUCUCAUCUCUGUCUUUCUUUCUGUCUCUCUUUUUCGCUCACACGUUUAAUACUAACACCUAUAUGAAACUAAAUCUAUCAAUCUAUCUAUCUAUCUAUCUAUCUAUCUCAGUAUGUUCAAAUAUCUAUCUAUCUAUCUGUCUGUCUGACUGUCUAUCUAUCUCAAUAUGUUCAAAUAUCUAUCUAUCUAUCUAUCUAUCUAUCUAUCUAUCUCAGUCGGUUCAAAUAUCUAUCUAUCUAUCUCAGUAUGUUCAAAUGUCUGUCUGUCUAUCUAUCUAUCUAUCUAUCUAUCUAUCUAUCAUGUUCAUGUAUCAAAUAUCUAUCUAUCUAUCUAUCUAUCUCAGUAUGUUCAAAUAUCUAUCUAUCUAUCUAUCUAUCUCAGUAUGUUCAAAAUAUCUAUCUAUCUCAGUAUGUUCAAAUAUCUAUCUAUCUAUCUAUCUAUCUAUCUAUCUCAGUAUGUUCAAAUAUCUAUCUAUCUAUCUAUCUAUCUAUCAGUAUGUUCAAAUAUCUAUCUAUCUCAGUAUGUUCAAAUAUCUAUCUAUCUAUCUAUCUAUCUAUCUAUCUAUCUAUCUAUCUCAGUAUGUUCAAAUAUCUAUCUAUCUAAUCUAUCUAUCUAUCUAUCUAUCUAUCUAUCUAUCAAAUGAAUCAAUCGAUCAUUACAUAUCUAUGCCAAAUUCAUAUCUAUUCAUUCUAUUCAUAUUUAUGACCAUAUUUAUCUAUCUAUCUAUCUAUUCUAUAUCUAUCUAUCUAUCUAUCUAUCUAUCUAUCUAUCGUUAUUAUCAUCAUAUAAACCCGAAAACAAAUGGGCCGAUUCAUUUCAGAAAUUUUUUACAAGUAGAAAAAGAAAAAAAUAAUGCAUAA